AGAAAAGGUAUGUAUCCUCAAGGUGUAAUAUUUCAAGUACAAUUUCUUCUUCCUAAUGACCCCUUACUUGUUUCAACUUUCCAGUACAGUUUCUUGAUUUCUUCCACCUUGAGGUUAGAACUCCCCUGUUUUUAAUGCAAAAAAAAAAAAAAAAAACUGGUCUCUGUGGUUUACUGGAUCACCAAAUCCAAUAGCCGGAUCAACCCAAUUGAACUGGCCAAUUAAUCUGAUAUUCAACCAUCCAAAAAAGGGGAUGCCUAUUCCCUGGAUUAUCUGGCUGAUCCAGAUUUUGUCUGAUCGUCCCGAGUAGACUCCAUCCUCUGCCUCUCCAUCUCCACCACCUGCUCCAAAUUCGAUCUCUCUUCCUUCUCGUACACCUCCCCAAACUUCGCCCGACUCAGCUCCUUCAUCCGCGAAAUCGACUCCCCUUCAACUCUUCUGGCCUGAACAGGUAGCGGCCUUCCUUUCGAAAUGCCAUCUCUUGCUGUUCACAUUAGUAGUCUGUGGCAGAAAACUAACUAACGAAUCACCAUCGCCGGAGUUACUCGAGUCACGUUGCUGCAUUGACGAUAUGAUGCUCCUGACGGCAGGAUCUUCGUUCUUCAAUGCUACCGAAGAAAACCCACUUGGUUGGUAACCCAUAAGCCAUCUUGGCUUUCUCGAUCUUUCUAGUGUUUCUGCUUCAAGUUUCCUCGGCUGAGCUCGAGUUAGCGUUCACCCAGGUGUCGAUUAGCGUCGAUAUAGCACCUUCGCUCCACCAGUCCUCGCGGCCGCCUCCUGUGUAGGGUACCCGGGGCUGUUGUAUGGGGACGACUAGGGUUAGAGAGUAAUGAGAUGGCGGCCCCAUCGCCGCCAUCGUUACAGGCUGGGAAGACGGAGACAGACGAUUCCGAGUAUUUAAACCUUGAGAUUGCUGGAUGAAGGUCGGACAUCCCACCAAAGAAAUCAGAGUGACUGGUGGAGUUUGAAGCUCUUCGGCUUCAUCUUCCAUUAUUAUUUGGGGGCUCUAAAACUUACUUUGUGUGGGGGUAAUUUCGGUAUGAAAUGUAAUUUCAUACAUAUGAGGUCAUCACUUUAUAAAAGGAAGAGGUAGGGGAUUAUAUUUAUGAAAAUAUGUGUAAGAAAGAGCUAUUAAGUCAUAGUCUAGGGGAAGGAAAGAUGGAUAGAAGUAAACAAACUCAAUAGGAAAUCAGCAGCCAUUGAAAAUCAAAAAGAGAAUUAAGAGUCUCAACAACAAAGAGAAGACAGCAGGCCAAGGGACAGAAGUUGACAAUGUUCUUCCAGUUCGUGGUUUGGUUUCAUCUUCUUGUAAAAUCUGUAGCUUCACAAGAAGAUUUUGGUUUCACAUACAAUGGAUUUCGAGGAGUUGACAUGAGCUUGGACGGGUUGGCACAUAUUACAGACAAUGGCCUCCUUAUGUUGGUAAACAACACCAAUCAACAGGUGAGUCAUGCUUUGUACCCGCAUCCAAUUCACUUCAAGAAUUCAUCCACUGGCAAAGCUUUAUCCUUCUCUACUACUUUUGUUUUUGCUAUUGGGGAAACCAAAUAUGGUGGCCCUGGAAUGGCCUUCGUGAUUGCACCCUCAAGAGAAUUCCAAGGUGCUUUGCCAAGCAAUUAUUUUGGGCUUUUCAAUAUGACCAACAUCGGCAAACCAUCCAAUCAUGUCAUCGCAAUCGAGCUCGAUUGCCUCCAAAACAAGGAGUUCAACGAUAUCGAUGGAAACCAUGUUGGUAUUGAUAUCAAUGACUUGAAAUCUGUUCAAUCUGCAACUGCUUCUUACUUGAGUGAUAAAGAGAACCAGUUUGUGAACCUAAGCCUCACCAGUGGACAACUCUUGCAACUCUGGGUGGAAUAUUAUGGUGCAGAGAAUCAACUUAAUGUCACUUUAGCUCCUAUUAACAUCCCUAAACCAACCAUCCCACUCUUGUCCUUGAAAAUUGAUCUUUCUGAGUUCAUUGUGGAUCCCAUGUUUGUGGGAUUCUCCUCAGCUACAUACGUCUUGCCAGUAUCCUAUUAUGUUUUGGGAUGGAGUUUUGAAACAAAUGGGGAAGCAAGAGAACUCACUCUCUCUCACCUCCCAAAGCUUCCUCAAACAGGACAUAAAAUGAGACCUAGUCUUUUUAUUGUUGUAUUUUCCGUAAUAGGUGCUACUUCAGUUUUAAUCUCAAUCUUCAUCCUCCAAUUUAUUUUGAGAAGGAAGAAAAAGUUUGCCGAAGUUCUUGAAGAUUGGGAGCUCGAUUAUAGACCUCACAGGUUCAAAUAUAAAGAUCUCUACAUCGCCACCAAGGGAUUCAAGGAUAAGGAGCUUCUCGGGACUGGGGGCUUUGGUAGGGUCUAUAGAGGUGUAUUACCCAUAUCCAAAACAGAGGUUGCAGUUAAGCGAGUCUCCCACAAUUCUAGACAGGGAGAGAGAGAAUUCAUUACUGAGAUAAUCAGUAUAGGUAAAUUGAGGCAUCGGAGCAUAGUCCCACUCUUGGGCUAUUGCCGACGUAAGGAAGAACUCCUUCUGGUCUAUGAUUUCAUGCCCAACGGGAGUCUUGACAAACUUCUUUUUGAUCAAACAACAACAAAGAUGAUUCUGAGUUGGUGUCAAAGAUUUCGAAUCAUCCAAAGCAUGGCGGACGCGUUAUCAUAUUUGCACCAAGAAUGGGAACAAGUUGUGGUUCAUAGAGACUUAAAGUCCAGUAAUAUCUUAUUAGACAAGGAGCUAAAUGGAAGAUUGGGAGAUUUUGGUCUUGCAAGAUUAUAUGAUCAUGGAGCUGACCCUGAAACCACCCAUGUGGUAGGAACAUUUGGUUAUCUUGCACCAGAACUUGGUAGGACUGGGAAAGCAAACCCUAGUGUGGAUGUGUUUGCAUUUGGGGUUUUUCUGCUCGAAAUUGCUUGUGGUAGGAGGCCUAUAGAGCCAGAAGCAUCUGAAGAGUGUGUUGCGCUGGUCGAUUGGGUGAUUUCAUGUUGGCGUAGGGGCAGGAUUCUUGAUACUGUGGAUCCAAAAUUGGGAUUGAAUUAUGAUGUGGAGGAAAUGGAGUUGGUGUUGAAACUUGGAUUGCUUUGUUCCCACUCUAUUCCAACUAAAAGGCCUCAUAUGGUAGAAGUUAUGCGUUAUUUGAAGGGAGAAGUUCCUCUACCAAAGCUGAGAUUGCUUGGAGUACAAACAGGCAUCAAUGACACAGAUUUUGUGCCUUCAACAGGUUUUGGUGAUGUCUCUAUUCACAGUCCUUAUCUUCGGAGCCCAAUGACUCGGUCAUUAUCAGUUGCAGAAUCUUUACUCUCUCAAGGUCGGUGAGCAUAAUCAAUUCUGUUAAGUUUUUCGCAGUCAUGGUUAUGUAUCUGUAGCAGUAAGUUUUAACUUCUGGAAGUUGCAAUACAAUAAGAGAACCUGGUAGCUCUGUUCUAGAGUUAAAAGGGUCUCCCAAGAGGACCACUCUACCAGUGUUACAGGGGAAUCAGAUCAUCUGAUCUGGAAAUAUUAAAAAAUGUCCUAAACUUGCUCUGUUUCUGUUUCAGAACUGAAGUAUUCUGAAUCCAGCCCUUAGAUCUGUGCCAUAUCUUAGGAAUUUAUUGAGCAUAUCUA